AUGCAUAAAUCCUAUCAACCAACAAUUCCAGCUUCAAACCGAUAUUUGAAGAAAAAAUGGGAUGAUAAAUAUUAUUCGGAACAUCGUAUUUUGAUACGCGAUGCUCGGCCAAGUGUUGAUACACGUCCUCCACCAACUUAUAUGCAUCUUCAUAUGAAACUUAAAAAAAUUCAGUUGGAAGAAGAACGCAUGGCAACAAUUGAACGUGAUAAUCGUAUUUUAUUAGAAAAAAUGACGCAUACUAUGCGAACAACUGGUUGUGUUAACAACCGUAAUGACUAUGAAUCAAAAAGUCUCAAUCAAGAAAAACGUCGACGAGAAUUAUUACGAGUUUCCAAAGAAAAUGAAACGAUGAUAAAAAGAAUUAUGGCUCGAAAAAAUGAUACGGAUGGAGAAAAUUGGAAAAAUAGUUGGUCAAAAAAUACCUCCUAUUUAGAUAACAUUGCUAAAUAUAAUCCUGAUUGGUAUCUUUCAAAACCAAAUAGUCGCCAAAUGAAUGAUGAAAAACCCUCAUUAAAACGUUCUCAAAGUGUUCCGCGAGAAGAUAAAAAGGAUGUGACAACCGUUUUUAACACAAAUGAAGCAAAAACAAAAAACAUUGAAAAUAAUCCAACACAAUAA